AUGUUGUGGUCAAACAUGAGGCUCGUGGCUCUGGCUGUGGUGUGUGGCCUGAUGGUGGGUCAGGACGGAGCGAGCGUGGGAGUGGAUCUGCCACGAUAUGACUCCACGCAGAGGACGCGAGCAACAGGGUCAGACCUCCUGUCCGCUCACCGGAGAGGCGGCGCAGCGACGGCAGACUUCGUGGCGGAGGAACCGAGCCUCUGUUUCUCCCUGAGAGAGAACGAGGAGCCGCGGCAGCUGCUGUGUAACGACCGACGGAGCAAAUUCAACUUCAACCCGUUCGGCCUCCGCUUCGGCAAACGCUACACUUACAGGAGAGCCGUGACAAGAGCCAGGACAAAUAAGUUCUCGCCUCUGUCUCUCUUCUCGCGAGAACUGGAGGUGCCUACCUGAGGCAGAGGUGUCUUUGUUUAAACGUGUGUGUGUAAUAAAAAAUGAC